AUGUCUCUUGAACACUCCAAACGCAAACGUGCUAAUAUAAAACGCAAUAUAUCACGCAUUAAAUCUAUAGUUGAGGGAUCAAAAGACUUUGAUGAAAAGCCUUCACAUGCGGAGUUGCAAUGCCGACUGGGAAUACUAGAGUCAUACUUUAAACAAGCACUCUCAGUUCAAGCUGACAUUGAAGAUUUGGAUCCAUCAGACACAGGUCGCGCAGAUUUAAAGGAUAGCUAUGUCACAGCCAAACUUUGCAUUCAAGCACAACUUGGGGACGAAGGAAACGUUACAAUUAACUAUCCCGAGACAACAGCUCCAACACCUGUUUCCACGCCAUCAUUCUUGCCAAGGUUGUCGCUGCCUAUUUUCAGCGGGAAUUAUGCAGAAUACAAAAACUUUAUUGCAUCUUUUACUCAACUUGUCGCUCGGGAACCUAGACUUUCCAAUAUAGAACGAUUUAAUUAUUUGUUGUCGUGUCUUAAAGGUUCAGCCCUGGAAACCGUAAGAGCCUUCCAGGUAACCAGCGAAAACUACCCGAAAGCUUUAGAUAGACUCAGGGAACGCUUCGAUAAUCCCACUCUGAUUUUUUUGGAAGGAAUUACCUCCUUAUUUACGCUGCAAACAGCCGAUAAAUCAAACUAUCAACAAUUGCGUAGUUUGAUUGACAAGGCAUCAGCUAUAUUCAGUUCGUUAGAAUCGUUGGGCACGAGCUCCAACAUCGCACAAGCAAUGCUGAUUUACAUUGUCAUUGGAAAAUGUGAUCAGCAAACUCGCAACAAAUGGAAUGAAUCGCUAGACUACAAAUCGCUUCCAACUUGGAUACAAUGCACCCAAGUUUUAGAACGCCAUUGUCAGUUUUUGCAUUCAUCCGACUCCUCGUCACAUCAUAAGUUCGAGUCCACCAAACCAAUUCGGAUUACUACCCGUGGACAAAACUCAUCAUUCGCCAUCACUAAGCCUUCUUGUGUUCUUUGCUCUAGCGAUAAACACAAAAUCAUUGGAUGUUCUCAAUUUAAGGACAUGAACACGAAUCAACGCUACGAUGCUGCCAAGAAAUACGACCUCUGUAUCAAUUGUCUGAGCAAUAGUCACAGAGUAGCUCAGUGUGCGUCGAGGCAUCGCUGCCGCUCCUGUAACAGAACGCAUCAUACGCUCUUGCAUCAUGACAACGCGACUCUGCCUACACUUGCAAGUACAACAUCUCUUCCUGUUUCGCAAUCGUUUCAACCAUCAUCAUCAUGUUCAACCAAACCUCAUACAUACAACCAACUAGCUGCCACGCAUUCGCAUAUGGAGACAUCGGAUCACGGGCAGGUCAUUUUAGCAACAGCUUUAGUUUUAGUUAAAGAUUCAACGGGUGCGUACAAGCUUGGAAGAGCUCUUCUCGACUCAUGUUCUCAAGUGAAUUUCAUGACCGAUGAGUUCGCACAAAGGCUUCACCUUCGUCGAGAAAAGUAUCACAUUGGCAUUCGCAGCAUAGGUGACUCAGUUACCAACCUUAAAGCUCGAACCACCACAACAAUUAAGUCACUUACAUCAGCAUUUCAACUUUCGCUCCAGUUUGGUAUCACACCCCAUAUUGCAUACCAACCUGAUGCUGAAAUUGACACAAUAAACUGGAAUUUGCCAGCCAACACAACUUUGGCUGACGAAACGUUCUUCAAACCUCGACGCAUCGAUCUGUUGCUUGGAACAGAGGCAUUUUUUGAAGCUCUCGCUGUUGUUCAAAUAAAUCUUGGCCAAAAUUUACCUACAUUGCAAAAAACAUUAUUUGGCUGGGUGGUUUCUGGAAGAUACCAGUCCAAGCACUAUACGCCUUCAAAGUCAUGUCUGCUAUUUCGCGAAGACUCUAUUGACGCAAACAUGCAACGCCUUUGGGAGCUCGAAACUGUUGACUGCAAACCCAACCCUAUUUCAUCUGAUCAUCGCAUUUGUGAACGUCAUUUUAUAGCCACAACACAUCAAGAUACUACUGGACGCAUAAUUGUGAGGCUGCCAUUUAAGGACAAUCCAGCUGCACUUGGAGCCUCAUACGACAUCGCUCGUCGCCGAUUCCUAGCAAUAGAACGCCGUCUGUCGCAUUCGCCAGACACUUAUUCCCAGUACGUCUCGUUCAUGGAAGAAUACGAACGUCUUGGUCACAUGUCUGUAGUAAAAGCGCCGAAAUUAGAUGAACCACACUAUUACAUUCCACAUCACUGCGUACUGAAACCUACACGCGCAUCAACAAAGUUACGAGUAGUGUUUGAUGCCUCUUGCCAAACUACGACACAAACAUCGCUAAAUGACUUACUUUUAGUCGGACCAACUAUCCAAACAGAGCUGUACAUGUUGCUUCUGCGCUUCCGUUUAUAUCGUUACGCUAUCACCGCAGAUGUCACUAAAAUGUACAGGCCACCUCACUUCGGCGGCCUUUGGGAAGCUGCGGUGAAGAGCGCGAAAGGGUUGUUAAAUCGCACAUUGGCAAACACUAAAUUGACAUUCGAAGAGUUAAGCACCGUUGCUGUAGAAGUAGAAGCCAUUCUUAAUUCACGUCCACUAUGUUCAAUAUCAUCAGAUCCCAACGACUUUGGUUCACUGACAGCUGGUCAUUUUUUGGUCGGUGAUUCUUUGCGUGGCUUGCCUGAGCGCUCACUGGAGCUGAAGACCGUCUCACACGUUGAUCGCUACAACACAAUCACUGCCAUCAAACAAAGUUUUUGGCGUCGCUGGUCUGUGGAUUAUAUAAACGAACUACGAGCCCGAGUAAAGUGGACAACACCUUCACCUAAUCUCACUAAGGGUGCUUUAGUGAUCAUACAUGAUGACAAUCUGCCACCGCAACGUUGGAGAUUAGGUCGGGUCGAAUCAACCGUGCUUGGACGAGAUGGCCAUGUUAGAGUGGUGAAUCUCCGAACUGCCAAUGGAACUCUUUGUAGGCCGAUACAUAAAUUAGCCAUUCUUCCAAUUUCUUGA